AAAGUCAAUAAUUCUGACACAGUGAAUAAUCAAAUAGUCCGAGAGUCGUAAAAAUUGGCAAUUUUAAUUUUAAAUUCGCGGAAGAAACCAUUAAAAACUCACGGGAACUAAAUAGUUUAUUGCAUUAUUGAUAUGUGUUUGCUCUUUUCCAAUCAGCCAGAUGGGAAGUGAAAUAAAUAUCGAAACAGCAUCCAGUUCUGUAAGCAGAACAUGGAUUUGGAAUAUCUUAGCUUUUGUCUGGAAUUGGACCGGAGGCUGGUUCAGCUGGACACGUCAGUCCGAUGCGAUGUUACGGAAUAUCGAACAAACAAUACUGUCAUGUGUAAAGACGGCCUACAAGCGUUUCUAUGUUGAUAUUGGAUCGGUGGUUGGUCAGUGCGACAAAAUAUGGACCAUCUCGUUGAACGACGAGUCGGCGAAGACUCCACUGGUGAUGCUGCACGGCAUGGGUGCGGGUGUUGCUCUGUGGUGUCCCAACCUGGAUGCCUUUGCUGCCACCCGCCCCGUCUAUGCCAUAGAUUUGUUAGGUUUUGGUCGCAGUUCCCGUCCGAAAUUCGCAUCAGACGCUGAGAAGGUGGAGGCCCAAUGGGUGGAAUCUGUUGAGGAGUGGAGACGGGAGGUCAAACUGGAUGAGUUCGUCCUGUUGGGACACAGUCUCGGCGGCUUUAUAGCUACGGCUUAUGCGCUUAAAUACCCAGAAAGGGUAAGACACCUAGUCCUCGCCGAUCCGUGGGGCUUUCCAGAAAAGCCGAACAAUGUGUACGAGAAAUACCAAGUACCAUUUUGGGUGCGCGCCGUAGCGACUGCCGUACAGCCGCUUAACCCAUUGUGGGCGGUGCGUGCGGCGGGGCCAGCUGGCAAGUGGCUGGUCAGCAAGACCCGGCCGGACAUCUCGCGCAAGUACCUGAGCUACGUGCCGGACGCGCACACUGUGAUCCCGGAGUACAUCUACCAGUGCAACUCGCAGUCGCCAAGCGGUGAGAGCGCGUUCCACACCCUGAUGCACGGUUUCGGCUGGGCCAAGAACCCCAUGGUGCGACGCGUCACGCAGCUUGACCCGGCGCUGCCCAUAACGGUCCUAUACGGCUCGCGCUCCUGGGUCGACAACAGCACCGGCCAGCUUCUCAAGGAGAACCGGCCCUCAUCCAAGACCUAUGUUCAGGUUAUAAAUGGCGCUGGGCACCACGUGUACCUAGACAAACCAGAGCAGUUCAACAAAUACGUGUUGGAGGCAUGUGUUCUCGCAGACGACUCGCCCAGAAGAGUGACCACAGACAAAGCGCACAUACCCAAGAAUAGUAAUAGCGAGGUCAUAGACCAAGCGACCGCCUCUUGAUAGUGCUUUAGCUUUAGGUAUAGAUAAAAGCGUUAAUUGUUAUUUAUUUGAGAAGCCGCUAAUGUGCCUAAUGUAAUAUUUAUAGGAUAAACUCCCCGAUAAAUAGAAUACUAGAUUUGCUGAUAGUUGUCAAAAAGAGUGGGAAAGAUAAGAAUUCACCAAUUAAAAGCCUUGUACCUAUUGAUUAAUUUGCUAAACGCAGUUUUCUACUGUUUAGUUUAUCUGACAAAGCAAGAAAAGUGACGGAAUAGCUUAUUAUCAGUAAGUACAUAAUUUGAAUAGGUCCAUUAUUUUAAAUCCCCCGGGAACAUUCCCUGGUACUAUUCAGAAAUAUAAAUUCAAUGUCAUCUCCAUAAGGCAGACUAUAUAUUAUAUGUGCUAAUUUCAUUAAGAUCGACGAAGUGGUUUCACAGACUUUCGCAUUUAUAAUAUUAUUAAAGAUAGGACUGCAAAUCCAGCACUCUAUUGAUCUAAGGAUAGAUUUAAAAAAAAAAUGGCUACGUUGGUUCAGAUUCAAUUGUGCACAAACUUUUUGCAUGGCUAAGGUUUUUCAAGUUCUGUGCUUCCUAAUCCGUACAACUUUGGAAAGUUCUGAUAUGUAAGAGCCUUUUGCGACGCCAUUUUCUUGCACUUUUAAUCUUCUAGAAGCCCAUAGUACUUUCAUGUUAAGAAAAUAGUCAGACAUCAGUGCUAUAUAAGAUGUAUUUAUUCACACAAUUUACCUAUUACAAAUAUUAUGUUUAGUGAAUUGAAAUCAGCUUAGUUAUCUUAAUAAAAAAAAUGAAAUUACAUAUUUAUAUCUUAAUCAGUACAGUUCUCGGCUUAUCGUUGUAGUUUUAUUUUUAAGAAUGAGUGAGGUUAUUCACUAAUUUUAAUGAAAUGUCUACAUUUACUAAUUUAAAAAAAAUUUGUAAAUGUAUCAUAGCGCCAUAAACUAAAGGUAACUGUCAACUUAACUUAAAAAUUUUUGGCUUCCUGAUUGGUCGGGGGGCGUCGCUACGCCAGUGAACAGCGAUGACUCGCUAUUUUGUUCAGUGGCGUGCUCAGAAUGUUUUUAGGGCUAAAAUGGGCGCUAGAGAGAGAGAGAGAGAGAGAGAGAGUUAGGUCAAUCCAUUAUAUCUAUAGAAUAAAUACUAGAGUAACGAGUAGAAAUAAUUAUCUCUUGGUAUAUGGUAUAUGCUACAUAUAUAUUGGUAUAUGCUACCCUGUAGUCCUAGCAUGCGCAUGCUAGGACUACAGGGUAGCAUAAAGCAGGUACAUGGAAUAAAAUGAAAUUAUCAACCUCGAAAGAGUUAUAUUGUUUUGGGUAGUAUUCAUUUGUAUGAAGUGCACGCCACUAAACUAUAGUUAAAUGCUAAUUGACACAGUGGGAAGCGACCCUGCUUUCUGAGUCCAAGGU